CUGGUGGGGGAAGCUUAGACACUCACUGCUUCCUCAUUCCUGAGAGUUCACUGCUCGGACUUACCACUCCUUGGCUGAGUUCAGUUAUUUAAGCAGGACAACUUGGAAGAAUGUAUUGUGUAAAGGAAAGGGGCUGUGCUGCACACAGUGUGGGACCUUCAUGCACCGGGUGUUUGGCCUGCCUUCGUAGGUGCUGCGACCAUGGCAUCCCAAGGCCAGGUCAUUUUCUGGAGCAUGACUACUGUCAUUAUAGCCCUGGCAGCAGUGAUUGCCCUGAUCAUUGGUUUUGGGGUCUCAGGGAAACGCUCCAUCAGUGUCACCACAUUGCCGUCCCCUGGGAACAUCGGCCAGAACAGCGUCUUGGGCUGCACCUUUGAGCCCAAUGUCGAGCUCAGCAGCACGGCAAUUCGGUGGGCAAAGGCUGGGCUGGCAGGGCUGGUGCACGAGUUUAGAGGUGGGGAGGACCACCUGCGGGAGCAGGACGCGUCGUUCCAGGGCCGUACGGCGGUAUUUGCAGACCAGGUGGCUGGUGGAAACGCGUCUCUGUUGCUGCGAGGUGUGCGGCUCGCUGAUGCCGGUGCCUACCACUGUGCUGUCACCACGGCCAGGGGCAGUGGCGUGGCUGUGCUGCAGUACAGGACCGGAGCCUUCAGCACCCCUGAGGUCCGUGUGGAGAAGAGUAGCAGUGGGGACACUCUGCAGUGUGAAGCACCACGCUGGUUCCCUCGCCCCACAGUGCACUGGACUGCCGACAGUGAUGCAGGGAAGAACCUACCCCAGGUUGCUAACACCAGCUAUGAGCUGAACUCAGAAAACAUCACCCUGAAGGUGGUCUCCUUUUUGCACAACAUUAUGGCUAACACCACCUACACCUGUGUGAUUGAAAACAACAUUGCCAAGGCUACAGGUGACAUCAAAGUGACAGAUUUCAACAUUACAAGGGGGACCAACUUGCAGCUGGUGAACCUGAACAUAGAGUCAUUGUCCUCCUCCCUUCCAGCCUGUCACUGGAUGCUUCUACUUCCUCUGUAUCUGCUGUCUAUAUAAAGCCUCUGUAAAGCAGUCAGAAACCCUGCCGGACCUGGAUGUAAGCUGGAAAGAGAAGGCAGUGGGAGGAAUUGGUAUAAGCAUCUGUGGAUUGUCUUGCUGAGUUUUGUUACAGCAGCAGGCUUAUCUCAAGCCUGCCACACUGGGAGGAUAUGCCUUUCCCCUGUCUCUACUCUUUCCUCAACCCCAGUUUGAGGUGGGACCACUGGCUUGCCCCACCACAAGCUCCUUGCUGGCUUCUCCCAUAACUUUACUCUUUUCUUAUACUCUCUACUUCUAUCUCUUAGUCUUCUCCUCAUUCUCUCUUCCUUCCCUGCUCAACCUCUCUGAUCCUAAACCCUUUUUGCUUCCUACUGUUGAGCACCCUCUGAACUCUGGCUACAGUUCAUCACUGCAAGGCAAUGUGCACUUUUCCCUCUCCCUCAGGCCUGCUGUGAUAUGAGCCUUGCUUGCACCCACUUUAUUUGAACACCUUUUUAUUUGGAAACCUUUACUGCAUAGUGCAGUGCCUUCAGUAAAUGCUACUAACAGGGGUAUCUGCAUCACACCAGCCUGACCAGGAAUAAGGACUGCUGCGGUCAGUCACAAAAGAGAGGACAACUGCUUUCAGUCUUCAUCAGCCUUGGCCUAGCAGGCAUUUAUGCCCCUUCAAGUGGUGGGCUCUAGAGGUAAACUGGUGAUGAAGUGGAGAGCUGUAGAAAAUCAACUAAAAGGAACAUCUCUGUUUUUCCAUACAGAGCAGUUACUACAGCUACCUUGACUACAGGCCACAGUUCCUGCUUUCCUCCCUUUUGGGCUGAGAACUUAACAAGACCAUCUCCCAGUUCCUGCAGCACGCAGUGGCACAAACAUGAAGCUGCUGUUGAUUUCGCUCUUGUAUUAUUAUUUCUUACUCAUGCCUACAACAGGACGCAUUGUUUGGCCUCAAAAAGAAAUUGAGGAAUGUGAUAAUGGUAGCUGCAUAUAUGAAAGAAAAAAAAAACCAACCCAACUCUAAUCACUGAAACACAGUAUGUUAUCCUGUCUGAAAUAAUCCAGUGACCAAAACUCUGAUGAUGGGCAGAAUCUCACAGACAAAGAGGAAAAGGGUUUCCCCCAAUAGGUCUAAGAAUUGCUCCAUCAAACUCAGAAUACUAAAGACAACCAAAUCUUAAAACCUCUGAAUAAAUUUGAUUGAUCUCUCUCCCAA